CAGGAAUUUCCUGUUUAUUUUCCUGAGGAAAAUCUUUAUAAAAUAUCUUCUAUUGAUUCAAUAACUUAUAAAUUCGGUCAAGGGAAUUUGUAUUCCGUCCCGUGGCGAAAGUUGAACUUGAAUAGGUUCCUGACGUCACGAAAUAUAUUCAAAGAAAAAGUUUAAAGGACACCUUUCAGUUGGCCGGAUUCGCCUAGUAUUUGAGGAAAAAUAAGAAAUAAUAUUUAAUAUGAAUUAACACAAGAGUUUCCUCAUCCAGGUGUUGCGUUAUUCAGUGUUUCUUUUAUUAGCAUGCAUUCCGGUAGUUAUCUGUUAAAUAAAAUUUUUUCAGGGUUAAAACCGGAAUUAAAUAAAGUCUCCAAUCAAGAAAGCAACAUGAGUUCUUCACAAGUUGCUAGUAAAGGACCAGAAAGAAGCAUUCCACAAAUCGUGUUGACUGAUACUACAGAAAAUGAAAUACAGAAUGAGAGAGAAAAGCCUCACUUCACUAUCGACGACAACGACGAAGAUUCAUCGGAGUGUGGAGCUACUUUAUCCACUGCUUACCUUCUCGACGCUAACAUGACGACAAACUUGGCUUACAGGACCAAAAUAAAGCAUAGGACAUUCAGACAGUCUAUGUCUGGUGUGCAUUUAAUGCAACAAGAAAAGGAUGCAUUUCGGUUAGAUGGAAAGGAUUUUACAGUGGCUACACCUGAAGAAUUUGUGUGCAGAUUUGGAGGAAAUAAUAUUAUUACCAGGAUUUUGAUUGCCAAUAAUGGUAUUGCUGCUGUCAAAUGCAUGCGUUCGAUACGUAGAUGGGCAUAUGAAAUGUUUAAAAAUGAAAGAGCCAUACGUUUCGUUGUAAUGGUAACACCUGAAGAUCUCAAAGCAAAUGCAGAGUAUAUAAAAUUAGCUGAUCAUUACGUUCCUGUUCCUGGAGGUACCAAUAACAACAAUUAUGCUAACGUAGAACUUAUUUUAGAUAUUGCUAGACGAAUGGGUGUACAGGCAGUAUGGGCUGGUUGGGGUCAUGCUUCUGAAAAUCCAAAACUUCCUGAACUUCUUCAUAAAAAUGGAAUUGCUUUUAUGGGUCCAUCAGAAAAAGCAAUGUGGGCUUUGGGAGAUAAAAUUGCAUCAUCCAUAGUAGCACAGACUGCUGGAAUUCCUACAUUACCAUGGAGUGGCUCAGGACUUUUAGCUGACUGGGAUGAAAAAUAUUUGAAUACUAAAAAGCUAAAGAUACAUCAGGAAUUAUAUAGAAAGGGAUGUGUCACAGAUGCAGAUGAAGCUUUAAAAGCUGCUCAGGAAAUUGGUUUCCCAGUUAUGAUUAAAGCUUCAGAAGGUGGAGGUGGAAAGGGAAUUCGAAAGUCUGAAAGCUCGGAUGAUUUUCCAAAUAUGUUUAGACAGGUUUGUUUUAAUAUAAAUAUAAUUUUAAUUUUAUUUCAGUCAGCUGUAAAACUUGCUAAAAUGGUCGGUUAUGAAAGCACUGGAACUGUUGAAUAUCUUUAUGAUGAAAAUGGAAACUUUUAUUUCUUAGAGCUAAAUCCAAGAUUACAAGUUGAACAUCCUUGCACUGAAAUGAUUGCUGAUGUUAAUUUGCCAGCUGCACAACUUCAGAUUGCUAUGGGAUUACCAUUAUACAGAAUUAAAGAUAUUAGAGUAUUAUAUGGUGAAUCUCCUUGGGGAGAAGAACCUAUCAAUUUUGAAAAUCCUCCACAGAAACCUCAUCCUUGGGGUCAUGUCAUUGCUGCUCGUAUCACCAGCGAGAAUCCAGAUGAAGGUUUUAAACCCAGUGCUGGAACAGUUCAAGAAUUAAAUUUCCGAAGUAAUAAAAAUGUAUGGGGAUACUUUAGUGUUAGUGCAUCAGGUGGAUUACAUGAAUAUGCCGAUUCACAAUUCGGACAUUGCUUUUCAUGGGGAGAGGACAGAGAAGAAGCUCGAGAAAAUUUGGUUAUAGCUUUGAAAGAAUUAUCUAUAAGAGGAGAUUUUCGUACUACUGUUGAAUAUCUCAUAACUUUGUUGGAAACUGAGGCUUUUCAAAGAAAUUACAUCAAUACAGGUUGGUUGGAUCAGCUCAUUGCUGAAAGAGUGCAGUCUGAAAAACCUGAUACAAUGUUGGCAGUUGUAUGUGGAUCACUUCAUGUUGCAGACAAAACAAUUCUUAAUAACUUUCAUAAAUUUCAAACAUCUCUUGAAAAAGGUCAAAUAUUACCUGCAAAUACUCUUAAUAACACUGUAGAAGUUGAGCUUAUUUAUGAUGGAAUCAAAUACAUUGUGCAAGCGACCAAAUCAGGCCCAAAUACAUAUUUACUCUGCUUAAACAAUUCAUAUAAAGAGGUCGAAAUUCAUCGAAUGAGUGACGGAGGACUUCUGCUUUCUGUAGAUUGCUUGAGUCAUACUACUUACAUUAAAGAAGAAGUUGAUCGCUACCGAGUUGUAAUUGGAAAUCAGACAUGUGUGUUUGAGAAAGAGAAUGAUCCAACAAUUCUUAGUGUUGUUGAUUACAGCAUAAAUUUUACAAAACGACCUGGUGCUGUUCUGGAGGCAGGAAGCAUUCUUGCUCAUUUAGAGUUAGAUGAUCCUUCACGUGUUAAUAAAGCCAAACUUUUUGAAGGCGAAUUCCCUGCUGCAGAUGAAGGAAAUUUGUCGGCUAGUAAAAAGAAUCAAGUUUUUCAGUCAUCACGAGCCGAAUUAGAAAAUAUUUUGGCUGGAUAUGUAUUACCUGAUCCACAUUAUGUUCCAAGGAUGAUAAAAGCUGUCAACACUUUAAUGGAAACUCUGAGAGAUCCAAGCCUGCCUCUUCUAGAAUUACAAGAGAUUAUAUCAUCAAUUUCUGGAAGAAUACCAGUAAAUGUGGAAAAAAAUAUUAAAAAGUUAAUGAAUAUGUAUUCUAGCAACAUAACCUCUGUUCUAGCUCAGUUUCCAAGUCAACAGAUAGCCAGUGUUAUAGACAGUUAUGCCGCAUUAUUACAUAAACGAUCAGAUAGAGAUGUUUUCUUCAUGACAACUCAGGGCAUUGUUCAGUUAGUGCAGAGAUAUAGAAAUGGCAUUAGAGGUCGAAUGAAAGUCGUCGUCCAGGAUUUACUGAAACAAUAUUUAGCCGUAGAAAGAGAAUUUCAAUCCGGGCAUUAUGAUAAAUGUGUCUCUCUCUUAAGAGAAAAACAUAAAGAUAAUAUGGGAGCUGUUGUCAGCAAGAUAUUUUCCCAUCUCCAAGUUGCAAAAAAGAAUCAACUUGUCAUAAAUCUUAUUAACCAUUUAUGUGGUCAUGAACCAGGAUUAACUGAUGAACUGGCCAUCAUUUUAAAUGAUCUGACGAGUUUAAAUAAAGUUGAAAAUGCUAAGGUUGCUCUUAGAGCAAGACAGGUAUUAAUUGCAGCACAUCAACCUGCAUAUGAAUUGCGCCACAAUCAAAUGGAAAGCAUCUUUUUAUCUGCUAUUGAUAUGUAUGGGCAUGAUUUCUGUCCAGAAAAUCUUCAGAAAUUAAUUAUGUCAGAAACGUCUAUAUUUGAUGUAUUGCAAGAUUUCUUUUACCAUUAACAUUCGAAUAUAAUUGUGAGAAGAGCUGCUUUAGAAGUUUAUGUGAGAAGAGCAUAUAUUUCGUACGAUCUAACAUGCCUUCAACACAUGUGUCUGAUAUCUGGUAUUUGUGCAGCUCAGUUCCAGUUUCUUCUUCCUACGUCUCAUCCUAACAGAAUGCUUCAUAAUCGUACGACAGAAUCAAAUCCUUUGCCUCAUACUGUCUCGAGGGAUGAGGAAGGGAUGAAUUCUGAUUUUAGUAUGGAGAAUUGUCAAAGAAUGGGAGUCAUUGCUGCAUUUCAGAAUUUUGACGAAUUUGUACAGAAUUUUGAACAUUUAAUUGCUCUUCUUGGUCAGUCGUUACCUCCAAGUCCUCGUCUUUUAGACACUGAUUUUACUACAAGAGAAAGAUCUGUUUCUGUUAUUAGUGACAGUGAAGCAAUUAAGAUUGAUGAUCCUAUGCAUAUUCUGAAUGUUGCUAUAUUUAUGAAAAAUGAAGAGGAUGAUAGUACAUAUAGCAAAAUGUUUACAGAAUUUUGUGCAGGACAAAAAGAAACAUUGAAGAAAAAGAUGGUCAGAAGAAUAACUUUUCUUGUAUUACAUCGUCAUCAUUUUCCAAAGUAUUUCACUUUCAGAGCUAGAAAUGAUUUUCAAGAAGAUACUAUAUAUCGUCAUCUGGAGCCAGCUCUCGCUUUUCAGUUGGAGAUAAACAGACUUCGUAAUUAUAAUCUGGAAGCUAUACCUACGGCAAAUCAAAAAAUGCAUUUAUAUUUAGGUAGAGCAAAGGUUGCUAAAGGACAAGAAGUCACAGAUUUCAGAUUUUUUAUUCGAUCUAUCAUUAGGCAUUCAGAUCUAAUCACAAAGGAAGCUUCUUAUGAAUAUUUACAAAAUGAAGGAGAGAGAUUGUUGCUAGAAGCUAUGGAUGAAUUAGAAGUGGCUUUCACUCAUACACUUGCUCUCAGAACAGAUUGUAAUCACAUAUUUUUAAAUUUUGUACCAAAAGUUACCAUGGAUCCUGCCAAGAUUGCAGAGAAUGUAAGAGCAAUGGUUAUGAGAUAUGGACCAAGAUUGUGGAAACUCAGGGUAUUGCAGGCAGAAAUAAAAAUGACUAUUAGAUUAACUCCUACGGGAAAAUGUAUACCCAUAAGACUUGCCCUGGCAAAUGAAAGUGGGUAUUUUUUAGACAUGAAUUUGUACAAAGAAGUUGCUGAUCCAGUCACGGGACACAUUAAAUUUGAAUCUUGGGGACCCAAACAGGGGCCACUACAUGAUUUACCUGUGUCGACACCAUACAUGACCAAAGAUUAUUUACAACUGAAGAGAUUUCAGGCUCAGUCAAAUGGAACAACCUAUGUUUAUGAUUUUCCAGAUAUGUUUCAGAUUGUUCUAUUGAUUUUUUUUUUUUUUUUUUUUUUUUUUGUUUUUNUUCGAUCUAUCAUUAGGCAUUCAGAUCUAAUCACAAAGGAAGCUUCUUAUGAAUAUUUACAAAAUGAAGGAGAGAGAUUGUUGCUAGAAGCUAUGGAUGAAUUAGAAGUGGCUUUCACUCAUACACUUGCUCUCAGAACAGAUUGUAAUCACAUAUUUUUAAAUUUUGUACCAAAAGUUACCAUGGAUCCUGCCAAGAUUGCAGAGAAUGUAAGAGCAAUGGUUAUGAGAUAUGGACCAAGAUUGUGGAAACUCAGGGUAUUGCAGGCAGAAAUAAAAAUGACUAUUAGAUUAACUCCUACGGGAAAAUGUAUACCCAUAAGACUUGCCCUGGCAAAUGAAAGUGGGUAUUUUUUAGACAUGAAUUUGUACAAAGAAGUUGCUGAUCCAGUCACGGGACACAUUAAAUUUGAAUCUUGGGGACCCAAACAGGGGCCACUACAUGAUUUACCUGUGUCGACACCAUACAUGACCAAAGAUUAUUUACAACUGAAGAGAUUUCAGGCUCAGUCAAAUGGAACAACCUAUGUUUAUGAUUUUCCAGAUAUGUUUCAGCAGGCUCUUAACCGUCUUUGGGAAGAAUAUACAAUGCGCAGACCAGAAGUAGAAAUACCUGCCCAGUUGAUGCGACAAGUAGAGUUAGUAUUAGACAGCAAAGGUCAACUUGUAGAACAGAAAAGGAUACCAGGAGAGAAUGAUAUUGGUAUGGUCGCAUGGAAAAUAACAAUGAUGACACCUGAAUAUCCUGAAGGGCGAGAUGUAAUUGUUAUUUGUAACGAUAUAACUCAUAUGAUAGGAACAUUUGCACCUAGGGAGGAUUUAUUGUUUUUGAGGGCAUCAGAGAAAGCUCGGGCUCUAGGAAUACCUCGUCUGUACAUUUCGGCAAAUAGCGGAGCUCGAAUAGGAUUGGCAGAGGAAAUUAAGCCACUGUUUCAGAUUGCUUGGGUUGAUCCAGAUGUACCCGAUAAAGGUUAUAAAUAUUUGUACCUCACUCCUGAAAACUUCAAAAAAGUCAGUGCAUUAAAUGCAGUUAAAACAGAACUGAUAGAAGAUGAAGGAGAAACAAGAUAUAAAAUAACAACUAUUAUAGGAAGACAGGAAGGAAUAGGUGUCGAAAAUUUGCGAUAUGCUGGAAUGAUUGCAGGAGAGAGCUCUCAGGCUUAUAAAGAGAUUGUUACCAUAAGCUUGGUCACAUGCAGAGCUAUUGGUAUUGGAGCAUAUCUAGUUCGUUUAGGACAGAGAGUCAUACAAGUAGAAAAUUCACAUAUAAUCUUGACUGGUGCUGGGGCUUUAAAUAAAUUAUUGGGUCGAGAAGUGUACACGUCAAACAAUCAGUUAGGAGGCAUUCAGAUAAUGCACCACAAUGGAGUUUCUCACAUAACUGCACCGGACGAUCUGGAAGGAACUUACAUCAUGUUAAAAUGGCUGUCAUACAUCCCAAAGAAAAGAGGAGCGGAAUUACCCGUAAUAGAAUCAUUAGAUUCCAUCGACAGAGACGUUAUUUACAUGCCAGCUCGCGCUCCUUACGAUCCCAGAUGGUUACUGGCGGGAAGAGAGAGUCCCACUCUUUCUGGAUUUUGGGAGGACGGAUUCUUCGACCACGGUUCGUUCAUGGAAGUGAUGCAGACUUGGGCCAAGACCGUGGUUUGCGGAAGAGCCAGACUGGGAGGCAUUCCGGUGGGCGUCAUCGCGGUGGAGACGAGAACCGUGGAGAUAGACAUCCCGGCCGAUCCAGCAAAUCUCGAUUCCGAAGCCAAGGUGGUGUCUCAGGCAGGACAGGUGUGGUUCCCCGAUUCGGCUUACAAAACCGCACAGGCCAUUCUAGAUUUCAACAAGGAAGAUCUGCCUCUCUUUAUUUUUGCCAACUGGAGAGGGUUCUCGGGAGGAAUGAAAGACAUGUACGACCAAGUACUCAAAUUCGGAGCUUAUAUAGUCGAUGCACUGAGGGAAUACAACCAGCCGAUCAUCGUCUACAUCCCUCCCUACGCGGAAUUGAGGGGAGGAGCGUGGGUGGUGGUGGACGCCACCAUCAACGAAAAACACAUGGAAAUGUACGCGGCACCCGAAAGCAGGGGAGGAAUAUUAGAACCGGAGGGAACCGUAGAAAUCAGAUUUCGUAAGAAGGACUUGUUGAAAAGCAUGCACCGAAUCGACAGCGCCUGCGUGGAAAUUCUGUCGCAGCUAAAAGCAUCGGACGUGUCCCAGAGCGAGAAGGAAGCGCUGAAGAGGCAACUUGAACAAAGGGAAACGCUGUUACUGCCCAUCUACCACCAGGUGGCUCUGACGUUCGCCGAUUUACACGACACUCCCGCCCACAUGCAGGAGAAGGGAGUGAUGCAGGACGUUCUUCCCUGGUCCAAAAGUCGAACCCUUUUGUAUUGGAGACUCCGCCGCCUGCUGAUUCAGGACCGGAUCAAAGCGGAAAUCCUGGAAGUGAAACCCAACUUGAGCGACGGGGAGAUCGAAUCCAUGUUCCGUCGGUGGUUCUUGGAGUAUCACGAAGCCGUCAAUCAAUAUCUGUGGGACGACAACAAGGCCGUGGUGGAAUGGUUCACCUCCCAACUGGAUAGCUCUCGAGAGAGAUCCGUGGUUAAGGACAACAUCCACUGCCUGAAACGAGACGCCGUGUUGUCUCACAUUCGCAAAUUGUUACAAGAUUACCCAGAAGUGGCGGUGGACUCGGCCGUUCACAUCGUGCAGCAGAUGAGUCCGCUGCAGCGAGCCAACAUCCUCAGCACCGUCAAGACGUUGGAAACGCAUCUUUCCGAUCAGUCGCCGCCUCCCAACUCCUCCUCCGACAUCUUGGAAUCGUCCACCGAAGUAUCCUCCUAACGUCCGUCGACCCUAUCCGUCGAAAUGGCAUUUAUCGUGUUGGGCAGCCGGACGGGAAGACCCCCCUAUAUAUAUAUAUUUUUAGUAAAAGAAAUAUUGAGAUGUGUCGAAGGAGGAGCCAAGAGGUCGGAGGCGUAGCACGCCCGCGGUCCAAAAGUAGCGUUAUAUCGAGGUGGAGCGGCAUCAUCUAAACAUUCCCGAUUUUCCCGUAUUCGGCUGCCUGUACAGAGACGAAGGACGCCCGUUUGCCUUGGCCGAGUAUUUAUAUUGUUAUUUUUUAAAAUAUAUAAUAUAAAUAUACAAUUAAAACAA